AUGUCACUGGAAAGCGAUCUCAAAAGGACUACAGGAUUUGUCGAGCUGCGGUGUUUUCGGUCACUUUUUGGUGUAACGUUAUGUGAUGUUCAUUUUCAGAUGCGCAAACAAAUGAAUACUUUGGGACAGAAACAUGAAUGGAAUAGUGCCUUAGCGAAGGAAGAAGCAGAAACAGUAGCUGCAAAUUCAACUGUUGUACCAGCUUAUUUAUUUUCUCGUGAGAGGCAGAAAGUGAGAUCUUGCUAUGAAACGAGUCCUUCGGGAUUGGUAGGUCAAAAAAUCACUCUGGAAAAGCGUUAUUUUGAGCCCACUAUCGAGAAGAAUUUUAAACAUCCUCCUCUUGAAAAACAGGCUGGAAAUCGCAUACGGAGUGUCAGUUUUUCGUUCAAAGUGUCUAAUACGCGUUGCAUAAAGGACGAGUUAAUUAUGAGUUCAGUGAGAAGAAACUAUAGUGACACAGAUUUAAAGCCAUGUAUCAGAACGAUUAUUCGAGGUGGGAGUUCAUCGGAUUUGCUAGAGAAAGCUGGAUUAGAAAGAACAAAAGCAACGUUGAUAUCGAAACUUGCAUCUGACGAUAGUUCAACGCAAGAUUCAUCCAGUGAAAAAAAUCCAAAUACAUCUGAAUGCAUUCUAAAGUCCGAUUUCCAUUUAUCAUGUUCAUCGGAUCCAAAGAAAAGAAAACUUGAAGUGUUAUUAACAGGAAAAAUAAUUUCUGCUACACCAUCCCUUACUGCGAGCGACAAAGUCACUAGAAAUGGAAAUAAGUGUUUGCCCAGAGUGAUCCGUCCAUCGUAUCUUUCCACAGCAUUGAACCGUAAAUCUGAGUGGGAAAAAGUGGCAAUAAGAACCAGAUCCGCAUUUUUGAAACAGCGAAGCCAGAAAAUGUUGAAAGAGCGUUUGAAAAAAUACCGUCUAACGACACCGAAGUCACAUGUGGACAAUGGCGAAAAGUUAUCUGCAAACAAAGCAACACCAGUAGCUUCGUAUUUGGCGGUCGAAGAGAAUACAAAUAAAAUUCCAUUCUCUUCGCCAGUUGAAAGUCUACCGCUUGACGCUGUUAACAAAAACAGUCGGGAAGUUGUGAGUAACAAAGGCAACGUGAAGGAAUUGUCAGUUGAUAGUGACAUUAAGGAUGAUAGUGACAUUGCGGAGAUAGAAGUGAAGAGAGAAGUGGAAUUAUUGGUACAAAAAGCAUUGCUUCAGACAGCUUCGAGCUCCCAUCAUCGUCCUAAUCAGGGUUUAGUAGGACCGCGAUUUGUUCAGGAGGACGACGAUUUAAAUGUGACAGAGAAUAAUGAUAAGUUAAAGAAAAUGUGGGCACUAGUGGCGGAAGAAAGUACAUUGACAAACAAUUUGAAUGAUAUUACUGCAAAAAUGAAUAAAAUAAAGAUGGAAUUGUUCACGCUCUCCAAUAAAUCGUUUCAGAUUAAAGACAGAUUGGAUAAAGUGCGAUUGCUCAAAAUUCAACUUUUGAAUAAUUCCUUUUAUGGUGUUCCGGUGUUAUUGUGUAGUCUAAGAAGUUCUGGAAAUUUACAGCUGUUUGCAUCUGAUGAAAAUUUGAGUGGUGUUGCUAUUGCCUGCACUGCUAACGUUAUUUUAUUGAAUGACGCUGGACAUCAAUUAAACGCCGGUCGAUUGCACAUGUUUCAACGAAAUCCAAAACAAAUAUAUGGUACAAAAAUAGUGACUUUUAAAGUGUUUGGGUUUAGCGCAGCAUAUCUUAAAAAUAUGGACGGUUGUGACAUGUUGGCUGAUUAA